GAAGAGUUAAGGGAAAAAGCUUAUGAUAUACUCAUAAGAUAUCUUAUGUAAAAGAUAGUUUGACAUUAUUAUCUUUUUGCUAUAAAAAUUGCUUAUACAUAAAAGCUUAUGGACUUGUUUGAGCUUAUAUACUAACAUAAGUUUUAUGAUACUGUUUAAAAGAACUUAUGAAAACAACUUAUGACACAAGGUGUUUUCCACUUAAUUUAUAUAUUUAUAACAAUAAAAUCUUAUUUAACCCAAUUACUACUAUUAUUUUAGGUACUAGUAUAGUAUACUGGAUCUCUAAUAUUUUCCUAGCUUUGGUUUUUGAAUAGGGUUUUCUUCUCUCUUUGCGACGAUUCAUAGCCAUUACCGCAACUCUAAAUUAAUUAAUGCGAAUGCGACUAUAGAAGAAGAAGAAGGAGAUGCCGAAUUAUACCGGGUUUGAUCAGCGUUCUGGACCCGCCGGUGGACCUCCCAAUACUCGUCCCUUUUUUGGUUUUUCUCGUCCCCCUCCUCCUUCAACACACAGGGUUAUUGAUCAUUUUGCAGAAGCCAAAGCCAUUAAAAUGGAGCAACAACCACUGAACGCUAGUGAAGCGAAACCAUUGGCGCCAGCGCAACCGCCACUUCACAAGAGCGAUGCAGACGACGACGAUGAGAACGUCAAGCAGCUCGAUGAGUGUUCUUCUCUCUAUCUCUUGAUGCAGGAUUGCAUUGUUCGUAGUAACAGGAACUGGAAAGAAUGCCAAACAGAAAUACAAGCUUUGAGGGAAUGCUCUGAAAACAGAAAGAAAAAUAAACAGGAAGACAGAGUUCAAAAGCAAUGAAGUUUUUAGUUAGUUAUGAGGUUCUCUACUUUCUUCCUAGCCAUUGUUCUUGGUGGCACAUUUUUGUACACAUACACUGCUGUUUCCACCCAUUAGCAUGAAUAUUUUUUGCUAUAAUUCAAUUGAAAGUGAUUGGAAUUGAACUUGGUUGGAACGAGAAGUUUGUACAGCGAUCUAUAAAUAAAUAGUGCUUCCAAUAGGAAAUACCAAUGAUUAGUUUUGAGGUUAGAGUUGUAAACCUCUCUUGUCUUGAUUUUGCUUUAAAUAAUUUGAAUCCCAUAAUUCUAACUAUUUGAUGAUAAUGUGUUUUGAGAAUAAUUUGCCAA